UUCCCCUCGGUCACGCUUUUAAGUUUUUAACAUUCUUGUUCUUCCCUCACUUCCCCACGCAUUACCUUGAUACAGAAGUUCAACAGUAACCAGAAGCCAGCCUCACUGUGACACAAAAACCCUCUUUUCUCAAGUUUCUGAGAAUCCGAAGAAUGUCUGAUUCUGUUUUCGCCAGCGUUGUCCAAGCCCCUGAAGAUCCCAUCUUAGGGGUUACUGUUGCAUACAACAAAGAUCAGAGCCCAGUUAAGUUGAAUUUGGGUGUUGGUGCUUAUCGAACCGAGGAAGGAAAACCUCUUGUUCUCAAUGUAGUAAGAAAGGCAGAGCAAAUGCUUGUGAAUGAUCAGUCCCGUGUGAAAGAAUAUCUUCCAAUUACUGGAUUGGCGGAUUUUAACAAAUUGAGUGCCAAGCUUAUUUUUGGAGCUAACAGCCCCGCCAUUCAGGAGAAUAGGGUGACUACUGUCCAGUGCUUGUCUGGUACAGGCUCUUUGAGGGUUGGAGCUGAGUUUCUGGCCAGACAUUAUCAUGAAAAAACCAUAUAUAUCCCCCAGCCUACAUGGGGAAAUCAUCCAAAGGUUUUCACUUUAGCAGGAUUGUCAGUAAAGUCUUAUCGAUAUUAUGACCCAAGUACACGAGGCCUGGACUUUUCAGGGCUCUUGGAAGAUCUUGGGAGUGCACCAUCUGGGGCAAUAGUUCUUCUUCAUGCAUGUGCACAUAACCCAACAGGGGUAGACCCAACUUCUGAUCAGUGGGAGCAAAUCAGGCAAUUGAUGCGAUCAAAAGGAUUGCUGCCAUUUUUUGACAGUGCAUAUCAGGGCUUUGCUAGCGGGAAUCUUGAUGCGGAUGCAGAGUCUAUUAGAUUGUUUGUUGCUGAUGGAGGAGAAUGCCUUGCAGCGCAAAGUUAUGCUAAGAACAUGGGCCUAUAUGGUGAAAGAGUUGGUGCUCUUAGCAUUGUAUGCAAAACUGCAGACGUUGCGACCAGGGUUGAAAGCCAAUUGAAAUUGGUCAUCAGGCCAAUGUUCUCUAAUCCACCUAUUCACGGUGCAUCUAUUGUGGCUACCAUAUUGAAGGACGGGGACAUGUAUACAGAAUGGUCCGUUGAGCUGAAAGCCAUGGCUGAUAGGAUUAUCAGCAUGCGCCAGCAACUUUACGAUGCUUUAUGUGCUAGAGGGACACCGGGCGACUGGAGUCAUAUUAUAAAGCAAAUAGGGAUGUUCACAUUUACAGGGUUGAAUACCAAUCAAGUUGCAUUCAUGACGAAGGAGUACCAUAUAUACAUGACAUCUGAUGGGAGGAUCAGCAUGGCAGGUCUUAGUUCAAAAACAGUUCCUCAUCUUGCAGAUGCCAUACAUGCUGCCGUUACCAGUGCUGCAUAGAUCAGCCAUUUUCGUAAUGAGCAAUUUUGGAUCACUCUUCACAUGAUUUAACUUCUUCAAUAAAAUGAAACGGGAUUUUAAAGAGACCAUCAUACUCGGUCUGACACUUUCUCUGCUUGAAUUGGAGACUCCUAACGAAUUUAUGCUUUUGCUAAAUAAAUACUGUCUGUGGUUGCGUACUGGCGGAAUAGUCCUCCAUAGUUACUCGGUUUUUCCCAGUUCAGGUUGGUCAUGCCCUUUAUGUGAAUUACAUCAGAAGUGAUAUAUACACAUCAAUUUGGGAGA